GAAAACGCGGCCGGCCGCCCCGCCUCUUGUCCGCCCGCCGCCGCCGUCCACCUCCUCUCCGUCGCCAUCGCAACGCGGCCUAGUCCUGCUUCGAGCCCGACUUCAGUCGGAAAGAGCCUCGGGGUCGAUUAGCGGACUGAAAACGUCAGGCUUCCUUGUACAGACCUAAAGAGAUGUUUCCUGUGGGUGCUGUUCGGACCUGGGUAUCUUCGUUGUCUGCAGGGGCAGUGAGGUUGGCGGGUUCCUCACCAACUUCCCUCCUCCAACGGGUGCUGCCAUCGCCAGGGUUGACGUCGCCCCCUGCAGCUCAGUGGCAGAAUAGCCGGUGCAUGGCCACCCUCCACCAGAUGCACAAGGCAGGCAAACCCAAGAGGCCCCCUCCCAAGCUGGGCCCCACCUUCGGGCACCCCCAGCUCAAGGGUGUGGUACUCAAAACCAUGAUCCGCAAGCCCAAGAAGCCCAAUUCGGCCAACCGCAAGUGCGCCCGGGUCCGGCUCAGCAACGGCAAGGAGGUGAUCUGCUUCAUCCCCGGAGAGGGCCACAACCUCCAGGAGCACAACAUCGUGCUGGUGGAAGGGGGGAGGACGCAGGACCUGCCCGGCGUCAAGCUCAAGAUUGUGCGGGGGAAGUACGAUUGUGCCCACGUGCAAAAGAAGUAGUGAGACCGUUCCGGGACUCGGUGUGAACUUUAAAUGGUGUUUGUAUUUAUAACGGGAACAGCUGCUUCCUUGGACUUCCUCAAGGUCAAAUAUAUUGUGAGCUGACUGUACAACCAAAUGAAACAACGUUCCUCUGGUCCACAGAGCAUCCACAAUACAUAUAUCUCACACAGCACAUAGAACAAAAUAUUGCCAUAAAUAAUUAAUAAAAUUAAAUUAAAAUGCA